AUGGCUAAAUGUGUUCUUGAAGGCUGUGGGGCGACUCGCAGAAAUGGAAUUUCACUCCAUUUGUUUCCUAAGGUGCCAGAUCUAAGGACUAAGUGGUUGAAUUUCAUUGGGAGAAGCGAAGUUGCCAAGUCGGCAAGAAUGUGUGAAAUUCAUUUCGAUGAAAAACAGUUUGAAAGGAGUCCAGCCCUUCUUAAAUCAGUGGGACAGACCUCGUGUCUUGUAAGACUAAGGAAAGAAGCUAUACCUUCAUUAGUAACCUCUGUUUCGGAAGCAAAGCGAAAAGUUCAGUUACAAACCGUUCCGCAUGAUUCUGCACCAGAAGUGAAAAAAAGAAAGUCAUUGGAGGAAGAAGCAGGUGGCACUGCUCAGUCUCCAGAACCACAAGAACAACCUCCAUCUCCAGCUUCAGUGAUGAAUGCAGAGGAAAGUGACGUGACACAGAUGAUGAUGUGCCACAUCUUGAUGAAGCACAACCUCGACAAAGACCUGCUAUGA